UUGGCGGCCACGGCGGCGCAGUCCCAGGAGCGAGCGAAGCCACAGCCGCCGCCACUGCCGCAGGAGGCGUGAGGUGCGGACGCGGGGUCUGAGCUGGGAGAUAAAAGCAUUCAGAUGGCAGAUAACAGCUUUUCAGAUGGAGUUCCUACAGAUUCCUUGGAAGCUGGGAGAGAUGCACGUGCUGCAGAGACACUCACGGACCAGGUGAUGCAGAACCCUCAGGUCCUGGCAGCGCUGCAGGAGCGGCUCGACAGCGUCUCCCACACCCCGUCCAGCUACAUCGAGACUUUACCUAAAGCAGUAAAAAGAAGAAUCAACGCGUUGAAACAGCUUCAGGUGAAGUGCGCGCACAUUGAGGCCAAGUUCUACGAGGAGGUCCACGACCUGGAGAGGAAGUAUGCGGCGCUGUACCAGCCCCUCUUUGACAAGAGAAGGGAGUUCGUCACUGGUGACGUCGAGCCGACAGACUCGGAAUCGGAGUGGCACAGUGAGAAUGAAGAGGAGGACAAGUUGGCUGGGGACAUGAAAAAUAAAGUGGUCAUAGCAGACAAAGAGGCUGCGGCAGCAGAGGAGCCCAGCCCCAAAGGCAUCCCUGAGUUCUGGUUCACCAUCUUCCGAAACGUGGACAUGCUGAGCGAGCUGGUCCAGGAGUAUGAUGAGCCAAUCUUGAAACACCUGCAGGAUAUUCAGGUGAAGUUUUCAGAGCCUGGACAGCCUAUGUCUUUUGUAUUAGAGUUCCACUUUGAGCCCAACGACUACUUCACCAAUUCAGUCCUGACGAAAACGUACAAGAUGAAGUCAGAGCCAGAUAAGGCCGACCCCUUCUCCUUUGAAGGUCCUGAAAUCGUUGAUUGUGAUGGGUGCACCAUUGACUGGAAGAAAGGGAAAAAUGUUACGGUCAAAACAAUCAAGAAGAAGCAGAAACACAAGGGUCGCGGCACUGUCCGAACAAUUACCAAGCAGGUCCCCAAUGAUUCCUUCUUCAAUUUCUUCAGUCCGCUCAAAGCCUCUGGGGAAGGAGAGUCACUGGAUGAAGAUUCCGAGUUCACACUUGCCUCCGACUUCGAGAUCGGACACUUCUUCCGUGAGCGGAUAGUUCCCCGGGCUGUGCUGUACUUCACAGGGGAGGCCAUAGAGGACGAUGACAACUUUGAAGAAGGUGAAGAAGGAGAAGAGGAGGAACUAGAAGGAGACGAGGAGGGAGAAGACGAGGACGAUGCUGAGGUGAACCCCAAGAAGGAGCCCGGCCAGCCCUCCGAGUGCAAGCAGCAGUGAGGCCGUCCCGGCGGCGCCCGCAGCGGACCUGUCUCCUCGUGCAUGGUGUUCGCCCUUCCUUUCCUUUUGUCCUUAUGGUUUUGCUUAACCUGUGCAGUGGCAGCUUAAAUGCAUUUCAGAAGUAGGAGGUUUAACGCCAGCACCCUCCUCGGCCUUGGGUGCAGCUCUUAGACUUUCCCAGGCCUGGCUCGGGGGGGGGCCCGU